AUGGGAAGCUUCACCGAAAAGGCCCGUGCUCUUGGGCCUGACUACAUUGUAAUCUGGUUUGGGGGCAGUCGAUGGAAAUUAUCAAUCUUCACUAAUGUGCUGGUCACUGAGUAUGCACUACGUGAAACACUUCAACGUGAGGAAAGGCUACAAUACAAGGUCCUCGCUCUUAAAAAGGCCACGGCUAUUGAACUUGAUAGCGAACUCCAGCUUGCAUACGCAGAAGCGAAAAGCCAACUGAAUGAAACUCGUGUCCAACGUUACCAUAAACAACAAGCACUUUACCGAGAAGAAGCGGGGAUCAAUUCAUGGGUAAGAUCUCAGUACGAUUGGUUAAGAACGAAAGAGGACUGGUAUAUGCGCGAAGAAAUGGUCCGAGAGUGUGCAGAAACAGGUGGCUGCUGUAGUCGAGACUGUGGUUGCUGCGCUCGAAGAGCACAAUCGAAACCGCAGAAAGGAAGGGGCCAUUGCACUACCGAGUGUUGGUGCUGUUCGGGUCAACGGGGCUUUGAGCUCUCGGAUGAGGACAAGAAACAGGCUCAGCAGGACUAUAAGGACAUGCUUGAGAAGGGGCAGUGUUUUCUGGAGCUACAGGUUAAUUGUUUCUUUUCCCCAUUCAAGAAUCAAGUGCCUAAGCCAUUCAGGAAUCAAGUGCGCAAGCCUCGAAAGAUGAAAUUACACUCCAGACUGGCUUUAUGGCUGCGCUUACUGUUCCAGGUUUCUUUCAAUGAUUGA